AUGUCUUCUUCUCGAUCCCAUGAACAAGAUUUCGAUUCCGACACAGGUACCCUCGCCGUCAGCAAUAGAAACAGCACAUACUCCACCAAGUCAGCUGGUGCAUUCUCUGACGAAGGCGACUUAAGCAGCGGCGCUAGCUACAACACCGCCAAGUCCUCUAGCAAGUUUCUCAAUCAAGAUCACUUCGAAGAUGUCAGCAAUGAUCUUGAACUCGGCACACUUCCUACGAUGAACCCAAUUGUCCAAAACUCUACACACAACAAGACAGCUCGUCGAGGUAAUUCCAAUACCCUUAUGAAGGGCAUGCGCCGCAGCAAGUACUACGAUUUCUGUGUGGCCAGCAUCUACUCCUUUGGACUCUGUACCGCUAUCCUGUUGCCUAUCGCUUUGAUUCCAGUCUACACAAACGAUAUCAAAUUCACAGUUUCGGUUGACAUGAAGAAUAUCGAAGUUGUUAACGGCACCGUCAAUUACGGAAAUGGUACGACUGCUCCGGUCAACGAUUUCAAUCUUUUUGGUUCAAAUCUUACGGUUGCGACUUGCAAUUAUAUCGAUGCUAAUGAUUUGUGUACGAAUAAUACACAUCACCAUAUCAGUAUCUUGUGGCCUUGCUUUAUUCUGUUUGUGAUCCUAUUGUAUAGAUUUAUCUGGGAUAUCGUUGGUGCCAGAUAUGGUUUGGUCAAGAUCAGACUUGGGAGAAGAAAUGCAAAUCAGUAA